UUCUGAUUAUUCCUGCAAGUGUACUCCGUAAGUAAGUUUUGCCUCUGUCUCUCUCUCUCGCUCACUCUCGUUUCUCUUUGGUACCCUAACUCAACUCGACAUCUGCCACGCCGUCUGGGUCUUUCUUCUCUGACACACUAGCAUUGUAUUCUCUCUUAUCAUUCACUCAUACUUUUCUUCUUCCCUUUGUCCCUCUCAUCUCCCUUUUCUCACCCUGUCUGACUCUGCCUCCUUCAUUCCCCUUCUUUGCAUCUGAUUCAGCUGUCUAUCACAUUUAAUUCCCUACUGCUGUCCCCUCUGCUGUCCCCUCUGCCUUCAUCAUAUCAAUCUGCCAUCCACCAACAAAGUUUUCCAUGUGCAUGUCACAACUCAAACGCAGUAAACUUGAUCAACUAAUUCUCUGACUGAACCUCCUCAGUCCUUGACCAUGACCGUUGCAGCACCUCCUGUAGCACCCGUGCACGAGAAUGGCCUCAACGGUGGUGUCCCCGGACACCAUGUCAACACCAUGAGCCUCCCCCGAUUCCAUCCAAUCGCAAUGAAUCCGACGCAAGCAAUACCGCCGGAACAUAUGAUGCCAGGCCAUCACCAAUUUCGUCCCUUCCACCCCCCUCCACUGCAGGAACCGGGCCCGCCAACAGCCCCGGCCCCAGCGCCCGCUCCGCCGGCUCAACCUUUCCAAAUAGAUCACAUCGAGGCGCGCCUCCGGCAACUGGAACAUGAAGAAGCGGCUCGCAUGGCGGCCCGUAGUCACCUUCUCGCCAUCCGGAAGCGAGAGGACGAGGAGUUUCGUAGGAUGACCGAGAAUGCGGAAGCCGAAGAAGAGGAACUGCGUAGGCAACGGAAGCGAAUAAAGCGAGAGUCCAUGGGACUGGGAUAUAAUGCAAGCCUGGACUCGCCGCCGCUUCGACCAACGCCGCCUCGCCGGUUGUCGGAAACCAACGCAGCGACCACCCUUGCAUUCUUCAAGCAACAGAGCCCCCCGGAGCCUCGCCAAAUUCCCCCGCCGCCGACCCAAGCGCCGCCGCCUCAUCCUCCCCCUCAGCACAUUCACCACGAUCCGACCGGGGCCACGUCCAUCCGGCGGAAGCAGAAAUAUACCAUCAAGAAUGUUGAGGCGUGGGGGGAACGACAUGGGCGACCGGCCGCCCAUGACCCUUCUGGACGGGCGCUCUGGAAGCGUCCAUCCGACGGGAGCCUGGUCUAUCUCACCUGUCCCGUGGCCGGUUGUGGCAAGGCCGACUUUGUGACCCUGCAUGGCUUCAUGUGCCAUUUGACCAAGAAACAUAAGGACCGCAGCCUGGGGAGUCAGUCCCGGGCGCUCGAGGUGUGUGGCAUCGUGUUUGAUCCCAACGCGCCUCUGCCACCCGUGGCAACGGUGAACCGGGCCUCCACCGAAGAAAGUCGGCUGGAAUCAGGCCCGGCGGACGGUGAAGGGUAUCAGCAGGAGAUGGACUAUUCAUCUGCCUCGGACGAGGAGGAGGCUCGGGAGGUCCCCGUGAAGACGGAGGCCCCUGAGAGGACACUACCCGCGCCGCCGGUCCCCAUGGCUCCGGCCCCGGAGCAAAUACCCGUCCCAAGAACGAACGGGUCGACGAAACAAUCCAUUUCCUCUAUCAUCGAUCGCGAUCCCGAGGAUGAGCCCCGGGAGCGAUUAGCCUCGAUUCCUCCACGGCCGGUGGAGGCCCCCAUCCAGGCGUCGCCGGAUCAGAAGCCCGUGAUCAAAGACGAGGCCGAAUUCCCUCGGCCGCAUGACAGUGAAAAAGAGAACACAGAACCUAAAAACCCCACCGAGGCCAAGUAAUAUACUCAAUUACAUAAUACCUACUGUUCAUCGCAUUGCCCUGCGACCAGGCAAACCUGCAUUUCGCCUUGCAUAGUACGAGCAUGCUUUCAGAUUCCGAGUCUCUGUUCAUAUGCAGCUCUUGCUUCAAUACCCUCUUUUGUAUUCGUGGGUGGCUGUUUGCACGUUCCCUUAUAAUGUAAUGUCUUACCUCGAUGGUUGAUCCACCCGAUCCUAUAUUUGAUGCCUACGAUAGCUCAUUAUAUACCGGUUAUAAUCGCAGUCCCGGGAGACUUUAUCCAUAGUCAUGCGUCUGCAUCUAUUGUUCUUGUUUCUGCUACCUUCCAAGACUGUCCAUACUGCUUGGGUGUUGUAUUUUACAUAGUAUCUAUAUGCUGAUCUCAGCCGGUCUCAUUGCAGCCCAUCCACGUCCAUAGCCAAUGGACAUCACGUCCCCACAUAAAUCCCAA